GCCGGCCUGGGCAUGGCGGAGGCUGGGGUUUCGGCGGCGGAGGCUGUGGCAGAGACAGAGAGACAAGGGGGUGGGGAAGCUGAGCUCCGCUGUCCUGGCUGGAGUGAGUCGCAGCUGCGGUCUUACCAAUUUCAGACGCGACAGAUUCCGCGACUACAACACGGAGACCCCCGGGCAGAGGAGCUCAUCGAUAAGGAGGAGCCAGUUGUUCUGACAGAUACAAACUUAGUACAUACAGCACUGAAGUGGGAUUUGGAUUAUCUGGAGGAAAACAUUGGAAAUGGGGACUUUUCUGUGUACAGUGCCAACAGCCACAAGUUUCUAUAUUAUGAUGAGAAGAAAAUGGUUAACUUCAAGAACUUUAAGCCCAAGUCCAGCAGGGAGGAAAUGAAAUUUCCAGAGUUUGUAAAUAAACUUAAAGACAUACAAGAGAGAGAGAGCGAUGAAAGGUUAUAUCUACAGCAAACACUGAAUGACACAGUGGGCAGAAAAAUUGUGGUGGAUUUCUUGGGCUUUAACUGGAACUGGAUUAAUAAACAGCAAGCCAAACAUGGAUGGGGACAGUUGACUUCUAAUUUACUUCUGAUUGGCAUGGAAGGGAAUGUGACACCGGCACACUAUGAUGAGCAGCAAAAUUUCUUUGCCCAGAUUAAGGGAUACAAACGGUGUAUCCUCUUUCCUCCUGAACAGUUUGAAUGUCUCUAUCCAUAUCCUGUACACCAUCCAUGUGACAGACAGAGCCAGGUUGAUUUUGAAAAUCCUGAUUUUGAAAGGUUCCCCAACUUCAGGAAUGUUCUUGGCUAUGAGACAGUUGUGGGGCCUGGAGAUGUUCUGUAUAUUCCAAUGUACUGGUGGCACCACAUUGAAUCACUGAUGGAUGGAGGGAUCACUAUUACUGUUAAUUUCUGGUACAAGGGUGCCCCAACUCCGAAAAGAAUAGAAUAUCCUCUCAAAGCACAUCAAAAGGUGGCAAUAAUGAGAAAUAUUGAAAAAAUGCUUGGAGAGGCCCUUGGAAAUCCACAAGAGGUUGGUCCACUGUUAAAUACAAUGGUAAAGGGUCGCUACGACUGAUGCAACUGAACGGUGACAAUGGGUGGCAUCGAUGUCACUGCAGCUUUAUAUGUGGGUAAAUGAGGAAAAUGAAAGAUAUAUUCUUUCUCACUUGCUCUGACUGGUUUCCGAUACCUUUGGUUUACACCACUUAAUUACUACUGUAUUUAUACUCUCUUUGGAUGCUGAUGAAGAAAGAAAUAAAAUCAACAAAAUAAU